AUGAUGAAAAUCAGCUAUGUGAUGAUCAAUGGGUUACCGUUCCCUCUAGAAAUUGUUUUCCCCAAGAAGAUUGCACACAGAGGGCACGAGAGGGCGCAGGGACCUAGCAGGCCUACUACACAACCGCUUCCCUCGAAACGAGAUUCGCCGCGCUCGCCAUCAAAAUGCAUCCCACAUUCGUUGUUGGCGAUCCCAGAGCUUCCGGUUCCCGACGAAAAACUUUCCAAACCCGCCGCUGAUCUAUCUCCCCAGUUGAUUUUCAACUCGCCUAUAUUGAGUGCAUUUGAAAAUGAUGUUGAUGAAACAAAAAAGGAAUCUAGCACUUCGCGUAGUGGUACUUUAGGAAAAUUUGAUGCUGACAAGCCGCCAACUAAAGAGCCUCCAACUGAUAAGCCAAAGAGGGAGCUAAAAAACCCAAAGUCAAAAUCUAAAUCACCAUCUCACAAGUCUAGAGUUUCGUCUCCCCGAAAACCCCUGUUCUUCACCGCCACCUACAAAGAUGCAAUAGAGUUGAUGAACCGGCCCGUAUUUUCGACUGACGAAAAGGAGAACAGCGGUGAGCCGAUGGCCAUGCAGAAAACAAGGAAUAGUGCCUAUGCAGGUUCUGAAAUUAACAAUAAUGAAUACACUGAAGACGGUAUACAAACCUCAGAAGAGGUCUCACGCGGUUACAUGUCUCCCUCGCAUCUUAUGCUCUCAAGUCUCCGAAUCAUCAGCGAGGAUUUCAUUUAUGCAUAG